CUGGUGGAGGAGUGGAUUGAAGUCGCGAGCUGCUGUAUUUUCACAUUGAGCUCGUGAAAAUACUCUUCAUUGGAACUAUGACUCGAAUAUCAGUCUUUCUGAACCUGUAAGAGCUGAACUGAAGACACGGAAGGUGCUGCGGGUGUUUGUUUCGGGAUAUUUCACGUGCUUUAGACACAUUUAACCCGUGCUGAUUUCAGACUCGUGGAGGAGUGGAUUGGAGUCGCGCGCUGCUGUCAGUGACAUUGGUCUCGUGAAAGUCGUGACUCUGAUAUCAUUUUAUGUUAUGGCUUCUAAAAGGAUCAUUGCAUUUAUCAAGACUGCUAUUUGGCUUUAAACAAGCGAACAGCGUAGGUGAUCGGUCACUGCAAGAGCAAAUGCUGGUGAGCUGAUACAGCUUAUUUGAUCGUCACUGUUUUAUAUAAACUCUUACACGCACUGUCAGUGAGAUGUCUUUGGUUUUCCCACGACCCAAUACCAGUGUGAUCGGCAAGAAGGACAAGCGACUGAUGGCUGAGGUGAACGCCUCCCCGCUCAAACACUUCGUCACCGCCAAGAAGAAGAUCAACGGCAUCUUUGAACAGCUGGGGGCUUACAUCAAAGAAAGCUCAGCCUUUCUGGAAGAAACUUACAGCAAUGAAGAACUGGAUCCUGUUACCACAGAGGAGCAGGUGGCGGAGGUGCGGGGGUACCUGUCCAAAGUGGCAGGGAUUGGGGAAGUCUUGUCCCGGAGACACAUGAAGGUGGUCUUCUUCGGCAGAACCAGUAACGGGAAGAGCUCCGUCAUUAACGCCAUGCUCUGGGACAAAGUGCUGCCAUCUGGAAUCGGACACACCACCAACUGCUUCUUACGGGUGGAAGGCACCGAUGGCAAUGAGGCUUUCCUGCUCACCGAAGGAUCGGAUGAAAGAAAGAGUGUUAAAACGGUGAACCAGUUGGCCCAUGCAUUACAUCAGGAUGAGGAUUUGGAUGCAGGCAGUCUUGUGUGUGUUAUGUGGCCUAAAGCAAAGUGUGCAUUGCUACGGGAUGACCUGGUACUUGUGGACAGCCCUGGCAUCGAUGUCACAACAGAGUUGGACAGCUGGAUUGACAAAUUCUGCCUUGAUGCUGACGUUUUUGUGCUGGUGGCCAAUUCAGAGUCAACUUUAAUGCAAACGGAAAAAUCAUUCUUUCACAAAGUGAACGAGCGUCUCUCCAGUCCCAAUAUCUUCAUCCUGAACAACCGCUGGGACGCCUCAGCCAGCGAGCCCGAGUACAUGGAAGAGGUGAGACGGCAGCACAUGGACCGCUGCUCUAGUUUUUUAGUGGAUGAGCUGCGGGUGGUGGAUCGCGCUCAGGCCAGUGAUCGGAUCUUCUUCGUCUCUGCUAAAGAAGUUCUGCAGGCACGUGUCCAGAAAGCCCAGGGAAUGCCUGAAGCAGGUGGUGCUCUAGCUGAAGGUUUUCAAGCGAGAAUGUUUGAGUUUCAGAACUUUGAAAGACGUUUUGAGGAGUGCAUCUCCCAGUCAGCAGUGAAGACUAAGUUCGAGCAGCACACAAUGAGAGCCAAGCAGAUUUCUGAAUCUCUGCGUCUGAUCAUGGACUCUGUGCACAUUGCAGCUCAAGAGCAGAGGAUUCAUUGUUUAGAGAUGAGGGAGGAGAGGGAGGACAGGCUGGAGUUCAUUGAUAAACAGCUGGAUCUGCUCACACUGGACUGCAAAAGCAAAAUCAAAAAGAUCACAGAGGAGGUCGAGAAACAGGUAUCUAAUGCUAUGGCCGAGGAGAUCCGGAGACUGGCUGUACUAGUGGAUGACUACCACAUGGACUUUCAUCCUUCACAAGUGGUGCUCAAAGUAUACAAGAAUGAGCUCCACAGGCACAUAGAGGACGGUCUUGGCAGGAAUAUGUCAGAGAGAUGCUCCAGUGCGAUAACUGCAGCGCUGCAAACCACACAGACUGAAAUGAUAGAGGGUCUGAAGCCUCUGCUGCCCAUCGGCAUUCGAGAGCAGGUGGACAAGAUUGUGCCCAGACAGUGCUUCGCCCUCAGCUACGACCUCAACUGUGACAAACUCUGCGGUGACUUCCAGGAAGACAUCAGCUUUCACUUCUCCCUGGGAUGGACCAUGCUGGUCAACCGCUUCCUGGGUCCCAAAAACACACGCCGCGCACUCAUGGGCUACAAUGACCAGGUUCCCAGACCCCUGGCCAUCACUCCGGUCAGCACCAGUAUGCCUCCUUUCCCUCAAGGAUCCAUGACCCAGGAAGAGCUUAUGGUUUCUAUGGUAACAGGAUUGGCAUCACUCACCUCUCGGACAUCAAUGGGCAUUAUAGUUGUUGGAGGAGUGAUCUGGAAAGCAGUGGGCUGGAGGCUCAUUGCUCUGUCUGUGGGUCUCUAUGGACUGCUGUACGUGUAUGAGAGACUCACAUGGACCACUAGGGCCAAAGAGAGAACGUUUAAAAGACAGUUUGUGGACUACGCCAGCGAGAAACUCCAGCUCAUCGUCAGCUACACGGGGUCCAACUGCAGCCAUCAGGUUCAGCAGGAGCUGGCCAGCACCUUCUCUCAGCUGUGUCAGCAGGUGGACGUGACCAGACAGCAGCUGGAGGAUGAAAUCCGGGAUCUGAACAGCAAGAUCCAACAGCUGGACUCCCUGCAGAGUAAAGCUAAACUGCUCAGGAAUAAAGCUGGCUGGUUGGACAGUGAACUAAACAUGUUCACCCAGCAGUAUCUUCAACAAGGCCGAUAGAGAGUGAACCAACUGUAUGAGUGUGUAGAGCAGCUCAUCUCCCCACUGCUGCACUUUUAAUAUCUAACACUAAGACAUGCUUUCAACCAUUUAUUUGAGCAUACCAAAUAUUGGUCAUUUCAUGUUUGUUUGUUAGUUUUUUGCCUUUGAGAGUAGUGACAUGCGCCACUUUGAAGAGAGCUCACUUUUGUUUUUGUACAAACUCUUUCUUUUGUAUUUAAUACAGGGUUAAUUAUUUAUUCUUGGCAUGAGGUCGUGUAAAG